AUGGCAGACCUGGGAGAGGGCAGAAUGCAGCCAGAAGAGGCAGGGGUCGUGGGGUACAUUGGUGAUCAGGACUUGACUGAUGCAGACCCUCUGACCUUUUUAUCAUUGUUUCUGAGUGAUCAUUUCUGGGAUAUUCUUGUUCUGGAGACAAAUAGGUAUGCUCAACAAUAUCUGGAGGCUGAGGAUACAGUGCUGAAACCCAAGUCCAGAUAUCAUGACUGGUAUGAAGUAACAAUAGUUGAAAUGAAAGCAUUUUUCGCGUUGCACCUUGCCAUGGGGUUAGUUGACAAAGCUGAACUCACAGACUAUUGGCAACUAUUUUGGCUUACUGAAACCCCAGGCUUCAACAAGGUUAUGCCUAGAAACAGAUUUCAAAUAAUCUUGUCAUUCCUUCAUUUCGUGAACAAUGACGAUCGCAUAUCGCGUGGCGAGCCUGGUCACGACCGCCUGUUUAAGAUACGUCCAAUCAUUGAAGAAAUUGUGCCACGCUUCAAAGCCAUGUAUUCCCCAAGAAAGGAAUUAUCCCUAGAUGAGAUAACUGUGGCCUUCAAGGAGAGAUCAACACUGAAACAAUAUAAUCCCAGAAAACUAGACAAAUAUGGGUACAAAGCAUUUGUUCUGAGUGAGGCAGGGACAGGGUACGUCUUGGAGUGGUCAAUGUAUACUGGCCAAGAAGAAGCAGGUGAUCCUGACAAUUUGGCAAUGGGUGCAACUCACCUGACAGUGAGGAAUUUGGUGACCCCUCAGUUCACAGGGAAAGGACAUGAAGUCUAUAUGGAUAGCUACUAUACGAGUCUUGCUCUGGCCAAUGAACUGGCUGACAAUGACACCGAAGAAAUGGUACAACCGGAUCUUCAAUGCGCUUGUGAGCAUCUGUACGGUGAAUGCCCUGGCACUGCAUUACUAGAAGGACAUAGAAAGAAGGAGUUCAGGGUGGGAAGACCCGCAAGGGAGAUGCUUCAAAGGCUAGUGGAACGCCAUUGGCUUGACGAAGUUCAAGAUCGUCCUGAUUGUGUAGUGUGCGCUGAUCGCUCCCGUUCAGGUGGUCGCCGCCAGACCAAAUACAGAUGUCGCCAAUGUGGAGCAGGACUUUGUGUGCUUCCUUGUAAUGAGAGAUACCAUACUCUACAGCACUACAAACAGUGCCAUCUGGAUAGGUAAAAUGUCUCAGAAACAAAGACAAAAUCCUAUCUCACGGUUGACAUUUAUAUUGAUAACGCACCGCGAAACUAGAUCAUUUGUGUUGGGCAUUUACACUAAGUAAGGACAAAAGACUAGGAUAACUUUUAUUGUGUUUACUCAAGUACAUACGUUGGAAUUGAACAUAGAUAGCAUUUAUCCAAACAAUAUAAAAAAAGAACUGAGCAAAUAGACUAAAAAGGGAAUUUAUGGGAAGAUAUAUUAAAAAUUUCAAGAAAUCCAAGAUGACCGCCAUGUG